GGCAAAAGUGGAAGGCUAUAGGACCCUGUUGAUUUCUUGUUUGACCACAAGUAGCUGUCAGUAAUAGCUUCCGCUUAAGACUUUAUACUUGUUUCUUACUGCCGAGAUGUUUGUUAACCACACUCCUCGCUUCUGCAUGGUGGUCUCAUUUAAAAUCUACCUAAUGUGACCAUAUUUUUUUGCUGGCCUCAGAAAAUGGAGCAGAGGGAGGUUCUUCAGCGUUAUCUUGAUGGUUACCUGAAAAAAAAAGAAAAUUCAGAUGAGUUUACCAACGAUUUUAUGAAUCUGAAAAGACAAUCCGCAAAGUACAAAUCAGAUAACAACUAUACCACCAAGGCUGCAGAAAGUGCUGAGAACUUCAAGAAGAAUCGCUAUAAAGACAUCUUUCCAUUUGACCAUAGUCGUGUGAAACUCUCUCUGAUAACAUCAGAUGAAGAUACAGAUUUUAUCAAUGCUAAUUUUAUCAAGGGUGUUUACUGUCCUCGGGCAUAUAUAGCUACUCAAGGUCCCCUACCAAGUACUGUUGUGGACUUUUGGAGGAUGAUCUGGGAAUACAAUGUUGGGAUUAUUUUAAUGGCCUGUAUGGAGUUUGAAAUGGGGAAGAAAAAAUGUGAGCGCUAUUGGGUUGAGGCAGCAUGUGAAGUCUUACAGUUCGGUCCAUUCUCCAUCACAUGUAGUAAUGAAGAUAAAAAGAAGGACUAUGUUAUCAGGACCCUGAUAGCAACCUAUGGAAGUGAUAUACGAAUAGUUUAUCAGUUUCAUUAUAAGAAUUGGCCUGAUCAUGAUGUGCCUUCAUCUGUGGAACAUAUUUUGGGCAUGAUAGAUGACAUACGUGCUCUCCAGAAAGAUGAUAGUCCUCCAAUAUGUGUCCACUGCAGUGCUGGCUGUGGGCGAACUGGCGUUAUCUGUGCAAUCGAUUAUAUCUGGAGAUUACUGAAAGAUGAGAUUAUUCCAGUUAAUUUUAGUGUUUAUUCCAUUAUACAAGAAAUGAGAACUCAGAGGUCUUCACUUGUUCAAACCAAGGAGCAGUAUGAACUUGUCUAUAAUGCAGUAACCCAUCUGUUCAAGAAGGAACUUGAUAGACUCAAUGGAAUACCAGACUCAGAACAGAAAAACUUAUAUCGGAAUAUACCACACUCCACAGAUGUACAUGAUUUAACUAGACUGUCUGGUGGUCAUACAGGUGAAUGCAUGAUGGAAGAGGAAAUUAGCGCACAUCUUUGGAACUCAUCUACAACAGCCAUCAGUAGUGGAAAUAAUUCUAAUAGCUGUAUGAAGCCCUUUUCCGUAACAAAGAUGUAUAAAAGUUAUGAUGAACUAAAUGCACUUGCCAUGCAGACAUUAGAAACACAACCUAUGCCGCAACCUUUUCCACGAACAAUAAUGCGCAAAACUUCUCAAAACAGCAUCAGAAAAAAUCCUUUUCCUCAAUCAUGUACUGAGAACAGAAAAAGUUACAGUGGACAUGCACCAUUAAUACACACCAAAUCGACACCGUUGGAAUUUCAAAGACAGUCUUUCAUGUCUGAGCGGGUUGUUGAAGCAUCAAAUGCGUUCCUCUAUAUUCAAAAGGAUUUGGCAUCUAGUUUCGAUAAAGAAAAAUUUAUUGGUAAUCAUCAUCAAGACUCCAUGUUUACUGGUUCUCUGGGUAAUAUAAAUACUGUUCAUAGUAGUCAUCCUUAUGUUCGUCUGACAGAAGAUCCUUACUUUUCUCCAACAUCAUCUUCUGAUCCAGGGUCACCAAAGUUUGCAGAUUUUUGUGUUGAAGCCACCUACCCUGAUGUACCCAAUGCAAACGGGAACAAAAUCCAAGACCUUAACUUUCCAUUGUCUGAUUCAAAUAAUUUGUCCCAGAUUGAUCAUUCCUCGAAACUAGAACCACUUAAUGAAGUAGAAAUUCCACCUUUCAACAAUUUGAACAGCACUGUUACUUCUUCAAAAGCACAUGACAAGAGUCCCCCUCCUCUGCCAGAACGCACACCUGAAUCCUUUAUUGUACCUGGUGAGCUUGAUGGACGACCACAGGAGCCUCCACCACUGCAACCUACAGUGCAAGUCAAAGUUCCAAGUAUAAAAAUUGGCACAUCACAAGAAUGGGCUGGUGUAUCCCAGUGUAAUGUUGAUGAUUUCAGACUCAAGACACGCAGCAAGAGUGUGAAAGUGAGAGGGUCAAAGAUGGGAAAAGCACGUGAUAGAUCUGCUUCUCCACCCCCUAUACCAGAAAGAACGGAGGAUUCCUACAUUAUUGCAGAUGGAGCUAUCAAUAUGGAAUACAUUGUUUCUGAUAAUCCUCGCCCUGCACAUCCCACUGAAACAGAAAUCUCUGGUUCUGUCUCAACUUCAGAGCCUGCUAAACAAAUUACCAGGAAAAAGAGUUUAAAGAUACUAAAGAAUGUAAAGAAAAAUGUUUGCAGUUUGGCAAAAUCAGAAUCGGAUUCUUCACAGUCAAGUGGUCCAUUUUCAUUCCUAAACUUUGGAUUUGGGAAUCGAUUUGCUAAACCAAAGGGUCCUAGAAAUCCACCACCAACGUGGAAGAUUUAAUGCAACCUCACAACGUGUACUUUGGAACAGCUGUCACCUCCUAUUCCAUGCUGCAUUUUAAUUGUAAAAUAUUACAACUUUGAGUUGUUCCUUUCCUACAUUUGGGCUAAUAUGUAGAAUUUAAUGUUUGCAAAGCAUUUACAUUUAUGAUACACCUAGAAAGAGUGCACCUACUGCCAUGCACUUCUUUGAAAAUUGGAAAG